AAAAGCUCACUGCUAUGUUAAGUUACACCGUAUUUUGUGCGCUUACUCUUCUUGUUUCCUGUCACAAACAGAAACUUCCCUACUAUAAGACAUUAGUUGAGGCGCACUCUGUUGUUAUUGCUGCUAGCUUCGGCCUGUUUGUGUCUAGCAUCGUUUUGAACAAUGCUAGUAAACGUUAGCUGGCUAGCUAACCCUCAAGUUGCGCACAUCACUGCAGGAUUCAUCUGCAGCUCUGAAAACGAACACUUCACUUUGUAUGAAGGAACAAAAGUGAUUGUUCGGACGAGAACAUGUCCCAGAAAGCAACAGACACGACACCACCACCACCUAUGGCCCUUCAUUCAGAUUCCCAUAAGCAGAGCAUCCUGAGCAGAUUGGACCAGCUCAGGAAAAGGGAGCUACUGUGCGACAUCACCCUCGUUGUGGAGGACGUGCCCUUCAAGGCGCACAAACCGCUGUUGGCAGCAAGCAGCGAGUUCUUUUCCCUCAUGUUCACGGCAGAAGAUCAGAUCAGUCCGUCGACCUACCAGCUGGACGGCAUGACAGCGGAGAUGUUUGCAGCCGUGCUGGAGUUCAUCUACACCGCCCAGGUGUCCGUGGAGGAGAGCGCCCUGCAGCAGCUUCUGGCCACGGCUCGUCUCACGCAGGUCAACGACCUGGUCGCGGUGCUCGCACAACUCUCACGCUCCGCUGCGGCGAGCGAGGAGGCAAAGGCUGGCGUCGCCGUGGUUCCAGAUCUGUCGAAAUGCAAGAGAGGCCGACCAAAGAAAACGGUGCUUGUGACCGAGUUGGAGCGUGAGAGUGGGAGCUCAGAGGAGAGAACGGCUGGAAAUGUGGACCUCGGUGUGGUUAAAGAGUCGUAUACUAAAGAUGAUGCAGAUUGCGGAUCAGGAGCCAAUCAGAGCCGCAAGAGCAAACGCAAAAUCCGGCCACCGGUGAAAUACAAGAGCUUGAAAGUGGGAAGCGACACAGCGAGGGAGGAAGAUCCUGGGAAGAGAGGCAGGAAAAGGAAAUACCCCGACACUGAGCCCCGAUGCCAGGACUGUGGCAAAGUGUUCAAAAACCACCUCUUUCUAAAGAUUCACCAGAGGACUCAUACAGGAGAGAAGCCCUUUCGGUGUCUGGUUUGUGGAAAGAGUUUUACCCAGAAACACACUCUGCUGGUUCACCAGCGCAUGCACACCGGGGAGAAACCGUUCGUCUGUAGCGUCUGCUCCAAAGCGCUGUCCACCAAACACGCCCUGCAGGAGCACAUGAACCUCCACCAAGGAGGGAAAUCCUUCAGCUGUGAUAAAUGUGGGAAGACCUUCACUCAGAAGAGGCAACUUAAAAGCCAUUACCGAGUUCAUACAGGCAAAUCUUUGCCAGAAUGUGCUCAUUGUCAUCACAAGUUCAUGGACACGGCUCAGCUGAAAAAGCACCUGAGAACUCACACAGGUGAGAAGCCUUUCACCUGUGAGAUUUGUGGCAAGUGUUUCACAGCCAAGAGCACUCUGCAGACUCAUAUCAGAAUCCACAGAGGAGAGAAGCCCUACGACUGUAACGUCUGCAACAAAUGCUUCUCCGACCCGAGCGCGAGACGACGACACGUCGCCUCUCACUCGGGGAAGAAGCCCUUCACCUGCUCCUGCUGCAGCCUCUCCUUCACGCGCCUGGACAACCUGAAGACUCACACCAAGUCGCACAGCAAGGAGAGAGCCGCACCGGCCCAGGAGGUGCGUGGCGUCCUGCAGCUGCAGCAGUACCAGCUGCCCUCCGGCUCCGAGCAGGAGAUCCAGCUGGUUGUCGCGGGCGACGUGGACAACAUUAACUUUGUGCCGGGUCAGAACCAGGAGAUCAGCAUCAUGGCGGAGGAGGCGGACGCGGCCCACCCAAGGCUGACCCUCCUCACCCAGUCUGCACACCAGAACGUGGCUCUGGUGGCUCAGGGCGGCCUGUUGGAGCAGAGCCCACGGGUCCAGACUCUGGGCGUGCUGGAGGGCCAGAUGACGCAGCAGCCCGAGCAGAUGCACGUCAUCACCCUGAGCAAAGAGGCCAUGGAGCAGCUGCAGGCCCACCACGGGGCCCCGCAGCCCCUUCAGGUGGCGCAGCGGCCCGUCCAGCAGCUGCAGCUGGUGCACCAGCCGACCCGCCACCCGGGGGCCACUCGGGACGCCGCGAUGGGGCCGGUGAGCCGGGAGCAGCGCGGCCAGGCCAUUCACAUCAGCAGCCAGAGCAGCCAGCCCAUCUCCAUCAGCCAGACCAGCGAGCAGAUCUCCAGUCACCACAUGCAGGGACAGACCUUCCAGAUCCAGGCAGGCACCGUCUCCUACCUGUACACCACCGAGUGUGGCCCGCAGUGAAAACAUGCUCACUUUACAUUUAUUGACAUUUUCUUUCAACCAUAAACCAAAGCAUUUCAGCAUUUUUUUUUUUUUAAUUUGACAAAUACACCUUUUAUUUUCACCUCUUGUCAGCACAGAGGACGUUUUCUUUGUUUUUUGGACACAAACUUGUUUAAAGUAAAAUAAUAUGAAAUGAUUGUUUUACACUAACACAAAUAUAUUGGUGAGUAUCCAUUGAAUCCGUUUUAGUUCCAGGGGUUCUACUGGGCACUUUACUCUUUAUCAGAAAUGAACACAACCUGUGCUCUUGUCCUCAAAAGAGCAGCUGUGAUUCAUCCGAGGAUCUUACCAGUUUCAGGUAUUAGUGGAUUUUCACGCACAUGACACAAUUAAACAUGGGUUGGCAGAAAUUCAAAUGGUCAACAAUUAAAAGAACUUUUGGAAACCUGUGUGAUCAGAAGGUAUCACAGCUUUGACCCUGAGGAGGCUGUGGGUGGUGGCAGCGAAGGUAAAUGACCACAUGGUCCUGCGUGACGUUGGCGAGGCUUCUGAGGGUCUUCUCUCCGAUCGCUGAAGUCUGCAAAUUCUCAAGCGAUAAAGCUUGUUUCUAAAUAGACUGCUGCACAGAUUCUUUCAUUCAAAAAGGUUUUUGUCUUGUACAAUAAGCAAAGAAAUUGUUUAAAAUUGUAUUAUGCCUAAAUUCAACAAAAGUGCAGGGGCAAUUUAGUUCCAAUUACCUGGCAACCCAGAAACACAUAACUGUCAAAACCAUCAUCCGAGCUUCCACACCUAAAACAUCUGGAUGACACCACUCCUUGAGGGAAUCAGUGUUGAGUUGACCGAUCUGCCUCCACCUGCAACAACGACAGAAGAGGAAGCUCCGCGGCUCAGGAUGAACAUCCAAGCAUUUAAAGUGAAAUGUCCUGACUUGUCCUUCAUCUGGGCUCAAUGAGUGCAUUUGAUCUGUAGAGGGCUCCCAUGUUACGCUGCAGUCUGUUAGAUUAUGAGGUCACUGCUGUGUGGCUUUGCUGAUACGUACCGUUUUACAUCCAGCACAUAAUGCAAGUGCACGAUUAUGCACCAGUUGUUCAGGAGGAGCCACCUCGGAAUUGAUUCAUUGAAAAACCUUGACUUAAUCUCAGUGUGUCCAUUCCUCU